UGCGGCGGCGGCGGCGGGACUGGCAAGGCCGGCUAUGGCGAGGGGCGAGAGCACCAAGCGCGGCUGCGGGAAGCGCUGCGGGGCCGUGGCCGGGCUGGCCGGGCUGGGCUUGCUCUGCCUGGGCUUCGGGCUGCUGCUGCUGCAGACCGUGCCGGCCCUCUUGAGGCAGCAGGUGGCCAAGAAUACCAUAAUCGAUCCCAAGAGUGCCAUGUUCACCCUGUGGAAAGAACUCCCGGUGCCCUUCUUCAUUUCCUUCUACUUUAUGGAGGUGAUGAAUUCCAAGGACAUCCUUCUAGGUGCCAAGCCAAUUGUCCAGCAGCGGGGGCCUUACGUGUACAGGGAAUAUAGGGAGAAAAAGAACAUUACUUUCCAUAGUAACAAAACCGUCUCCUUUCUGAAUUACCGCUCGUUUAUAUUCCAACCGGACCGCUCCAAUGGAUUGGAAUCUGAUUACAUCAUGAUGCCGAAUAUCUUAGUUUUGGGAGCAGCUGUCAUAUUGGAAAAGAUGCCGUUUCCCGUGAGGUUAACCUUCAGCAGCGCCCUGGCCCUCUUUCGUCAAAACGCGUUCAUGAACCGGACGGUCGGCGAGAUCGUUUGGGGGUACAAAGAACCCUUCAUUAAAUUCCUGAGCAACCUCGGGGUCACCAUCGGUCCCUCCAAUGAAAAAUUUGGCUUAUUUUCCGAUUUAAACAAUUCCCACUCGGGCCUCUUCACGGUGUUCACAGGCAUGGACGAUAUUAACAAAACUCACAUGGUGGAUUCUUGGAAUGGAUUAAAAGAGGUAUCUUAUUGGCAUUCUGAAGAAUGUAACAUGAUCAAUGGAACGGCUGGAGAACUGUGGCCACCGUUCAUGACCCCGUCUUCACCAGUGGAACUCUAUGCUCCUGAUGCCUGCAGGUCGCUUAAAUUAAACUACACCCAAUCUGGAAAUUUCAAAGGCAUACCAGUUUAUCGUUACAUGGCUCCGAAGACCCUGUUUGCCAACGGGACCACCUAUCCACCCAACGAAGGCUUCUGCCCAUGCCGGCAAUCCGGAAUCCAGAACAUUAGCUCCUGUAAAUUAAAUGCCCCAAUAUUUAUUUCUCAACCUCAUUUCCUAAACGCUGAUCCGGCUUUAUUGGACACGGUAGUCGGUUUGCAUCCGAACGAAAAGGACCACGAUCUGUUUGUCGAUAUACAUCCGCUGACAGGGAUUCCCAUGAACUGUUCGGUCCAAAUACAACUGAAUCUGUUCAUAAAACACGUUUCUGGCAUCUGGCAAACCGGACAGAUUAAGCCUGUGGUUUUGCCCCUAAUUUGGUUUUCCGAGAGCGGGGAGGUCGAAGGAGACGUUUUGCACGACUACUACACCCAUCUGAUCAUCAUUCCUUCAUUGCUGGAGUACCUGAAGUUCAGCCUCAUGGGCUUAGGAGGCCUUUUACUCUUGGCAGCCGGCUUAAUUGGGCUCAGGAGCAAGACGUUGACUCUGUCAUGGCAAAAGGAUCGAUCGGUUGCCAUACAGAAUCCACCUAGAUCUGACAUUAAUUAUCACAGUGUUUUGGAAAAAAACUUUUUAUUUUGGCGUAGUAAUAAAUACUCAGGACCUAAAGGGGCAAUCGCUGCCUCCAGGAAAAAGCCCAGCUUGCAAUGGAUGGAGAUGAAAUUGUAGGCGGACAUCUGAAAAAAAAAAAAAGCCAAACCAAAAAAAA